AAGAAAAAAUCAAGAAUAAAACUUUGAACUUUAUCCCAUUUUCUCUCUCCUCCUCUGCAAAAUCUCAAGCUAAAAACCCUCAUACUAAGAAUUCGAAAGGGAAACGAGAGAGACAAGAGAGAGCAGAAGGUAUGGAGAAUCUUAUCUACUCCAAUACCAUAUUCUCCAGAUUCCAGUUAAAUCGCACUCAUCACAUUCCCCGGCUCACCGGUAAAUUGGGUUGUCCACCGCCAUUUUCCCCACAAUUCCGGCGAUUCAUCUCGAUUUCUCGCACCCAGAAUGCUCCGUCUUUUCCAACACUUGUUUCUCGAUUACCAGACACAAAUUUCCUCGACCCGUCGUUGCCUAUCACCUCUCUCGAUGCAGAUUCUCCAGAUGGAUCAAAUCCCGCUCUCCAUGUUGAAGAAAGGUCUUCUUAUCGGCCAAAGGCAAUUGCUGUUGGGACAAUUAUACUAUUAUCAACUAUCUUAACAACUCUAAUCCAUCCAGUCAUUGUAUCGCCAGCUCUUGCUGCAUUUUCAACUGCUGGAGGCCCCAUAACCGCCAAACUUUUUCGUACAGAGGUGCUAAGCAGUGCUUGGACAGGGUUCUUGGCCGGUUGCUUACACACCCUAUCGGGUCCAGACCACUUAGCCGCUCUGGCUCCACUUUCAAUAGGCCGGUCCAAGCUAGAAAGCGCGGCGGUUGGAGCUUUAUGGGGUUGCGGUCAUGAUGCAGGACAAGUGAUCUUUGGCUUACUCUUCUUACUCCUCAAGGAUCGACUCCAUAUCGAAAUCCUUAGAACUUGGGGAACUAGAGUUGUCGGUUUAACUCUCCUCGUAAUCGGUGCUAUGGGGAUUCGUGAGGCUUCCGAGGCGGUUGUUGUCCCGGAAUUUAGCGGUUACGAGGGUUUUGGGAAUCAACCGGAAUUGAAGAAGAAGAAAAAGAUUGGAUUUGCAACUUUUGCGACGGGGAUUGUACAUGGGCUACAACCGGAUGCGCUUAUGAUGGUGUUGCCUGCAUUGGCAUUGCCUUCGCGUUGGGCUGGGGCUGCGUUUCUUGGGAUGUUCUUGGUUGGGACGGUGAUUGCGAUGGGUAGUUACACUGUUUUUAUAGGGUCUUGUAGUGAAGCGUUGAAAGAGAGGGUGCCAAGGAUCACGGAGAAGUUGACGUGGGCUUCGUCGAUGAUUGCGAUCGCUUUUGGGGUUGGGCUUCUUGUAAGCCAGUAUUUUGGGUUUAGUUUAUAUUGAUGGAUUGAUUAUGGUUUUUAAUUGGAGUAGAAACUCUCUAGGGUUCUUGACAAGUCUAUCUGAGUUUUUCACUUUCUAGUUUAUUAUGAUGAUUCAAGAUUUGAGAACAUUCAUAUUAUAGUAUCCAAAACUGAUUUUCAAUGAAUUUGAAUCUGCGACAAAGAGAACAUCA